AUGCUAAGCAUGAAUCUAUUCCAGCUGAUUCAGCGCACAAAUUACAAUGGUGUUAGUUUGAAUUUGACUAGAAAGUUUGCAUACCAGCUGGUUCUUGUGCUGAAACAACUGGAGGAGCAUGACCCACCUAUUAUUCACUGUGAUGUAAAGCCAGAAAACGUAGUGCUGCGCGACCCAAGUCGAAGCUCCAUUCGCCUGAUCGACUUUGGCAGCGCGUGCUGCAUGCAGCAGGGGGCAAAGAUGUAUAAGUACGUUCAGUCCCGGUUCUACCGCAGUGCGGAGGUUAUUCUAGAGCUUGGCUAUGAUACCGCCAUUGACCGCUGGUCGCUUGGUUGCAUGUUGGUGGAGCUGCAUACCGGCAUUCCACUUUUUGCUGGUAAAAACGAGAUGGACCAACUAGCCCGUUUCACCGGCGUGCUCGGACCGUUGCCUGACGACAUGAUAGAGCGGAGCAACAAGAAGGAUCUUUUCUUUUACGACAUGGGGCAGGCACAACAGGAAUCCUAUGUGCGGCCCUUAGCGGCACGUGGGGGAAGUCCGCCGUUGUUGGGUCACGGCCAGCAGCAAGACCUCGCCGCCUCGCCGUCGCCUGUGAUCGCAGCGGAGGUGCUGAACAGUCUGUCAGCCACCUCAUCCAUCUCCGCUGUUACUGCGGCGUCAGCAGUCACAGGGGGGACGUACUCCACGCCUGCACCUGCAUCAACAGCGCCACAACCUUCGCUGCCACCAGCACCACCGACGGUCUCUGAGGCACGGCAAUCACACAGGAACUUCGCGAUCACACCGAGCGGCAGCGUAGGCGUUACUUGCCCUAGCAACCACAACAAUAAUAACACGGUUGUCGCCGUACCAGCUCUGCGUCGACCAAUGACGGCUGUCACGAUGGAACCGUCCUCCAAGAAGGGUGGAAUAGGCGGCAAGGUUGGAGGAGGAGGAGGAGGUUUCUCCUCUGUAGGUUCGAGAACAGCAAGUAGCAGGCCCGCUACGUCUAUACGGAAGUCACAGAAGGCCCAUGUAAACGUCAUCACUCCAGCAGACAGUCCCACUACCACCACCACCACAACAACAACAACAACAAUUGUCGUACCUCCUGUGGUUACGCCGUCGUCACUGGCCUCGGGAGGUCUGCGACAGUCAGCGCUUACGCCGAAACCACGGUUGACCACCAGUAAUCACCUCCUCGUGCACGGUGAUGGGACUCCGUCUUCCUCUUCGAAGAUUAGCCGUGCAGGUUUGCAGCAUCCGCAACAGCAACAACAACAACAACAGAUGGGUGCUUUGCCUUCCAAGAGCCCCUUCCUUUUGCGUGUGCAGCCGACCCCCGACCAGUGUCAAAGCCUUGAGGAGAUCAUUGGUGUCUAUUCAGGCGGACCAAGGGGCUGCCGCCGUGGGCAACCGGGUCACGACGUGGAGGACUACAAAGUGUUCUUAGACUUCAUCCAGCGGCUGCUCUGCUACGACCCGCGAAAGCGCAUGAGCUGUACAGAGGCCCUGCAGCAUCCUUUCCUGGCCGAAUUGGAGAUGCAAAAACAGUGGAAAUAUUUGAGUGGUGGAGCACCGUAG